CAACGCGAUUGCCUAUCGAGUGAGCUUUUUUCUGGCUCCCGUCCUUUAUCUCUGAACACGGAAGACAAGGUACUUUGCAAUCGUCGCAUGUUUGUGCCGUGCCGUGCCACGCUGCGCUGCGCUGCGCUCAUGUAUCCCGUCCUGGCGUCGGUCUUGUAUCGGAUGCGGACGCGGACCUCGAUGCCAUGACGGAAAGAGUGAUGGGAGCGAGCCAAGCGACCAUCUCUUGCCAUUCUUUUGCAGCCCUCGAUAACCAUAUAAACCUCGCCUCCCGUCACCUUCGAGACGGUUUCCCUCCCUCCUUAUCUCACACUCACACGUCUCGGAAAGUGUAUCGAAUCUCUUCGCAAUCUUCUUCCCAGCAGGAAUCUAUUAUCACCACUUUCGAUACACAUCCCAAAUGCAGCUGAACACCAUGUCUCACCUUCCCCAAGAGCCCGAGUUCGAGCAGGCUUAUGGCGAGCUCGCCUCUGCCCUCGAGAACAGCUCUCUCUUCAACGAGCACCCCGAGUAUCGUACUGCCCUUGCUGUGGCCGCCAUUCCUGAGCGUGUCAUUCAGUUCCGUGUCGUCUGGAACGACGACAAGGGUAACCUCCAGGUCAACCGCGGUUAUCGCGUCCAGUUCAACUCUGCCCUUGGCCCCUACAAGGGUGGCCUUCGAUUCCACCCCAGCGUCAACCUGUCCAUUCUCAAGUUCCUUGGUUUCGAGCAAAUCUUCAAGAACGCCCUGACUGGCCGUAAGUGACCUCAUCGCCGCGCUUAUCUGGUCCCUGCAUAUUGCGGGGCGAUGGAAUUAGCACAGUUGAAGGAAUCAGACUCGCUAACAUUGUUCUAGUCAACAUGGGUGGUGGCAAGGGUGGUGCCGACUUCGACCCCAAGGGCAAGUCUGAUGCUGAGAUUCGACGAUUUUGCCAGGCUUUCAUGACCGAGCUGUCCAAGCACAUUGGUGGCGAGACUGAUGUUCCUGCUGGUGAUAUUGGUGUCGGUGGCCGAGAGAUCGGUUACCUCUUCGGCGCCUACCGCAAGCUCCGCAACCGUUGGGAGGGUGUCCUCACUGGAAAGGGUCUUUCAUGGGGUGGUAGCUUGAUCCGACCUGAGGCUACUGGUUACGGUCUCGUCUACUAUGUCGAGUACAUGCUCAAGCACGCCAACCGUGGCACCUUCGAGGGCAAGCGUGUCGCUCUCUCCGGCUCCGGAAAUGUCGCCCAAUACGCUGCUCUCAAAAUCAUCGAGCUUGGUGGCUCUGUCGUCUCUCUUUCCGACUCCAAGGGUGCUCUCGUCGCCAAGGAGGGUUCCUCCUUCACACCCGAGCAGAUUCAUAACAUUGCUGCCCUCAAGAUCAAGCACCAAGCCCUGACCACUUUCGAGCACGAUGGACAGUUCACAUGGAUUGAGGGUGCCCGCCCUUGGGUCCAUGUUGGCAAGGUCGACAUUGCCCUCCCCAGUGCUACUCAGAACGAGGUCAGCAAGGAGGAGGCCCAGGCUCUCGUUGAUGCUGGCGCCUUCAUCGUCGCUGAGGGUUCCAACAUGGGUUGCACUGCUGAGGCUAUUGAUGUCUUCGAGGCUCACCGCAAGGAGAAGGGUGCUGAGGCUCUCUGGUACGCCCCCGGCAAGGCCUCCAACUGUGGCGGUGUCGCUGUUUCUGGCCUUGAGAUGGCUCAGAACAGCCAGCGUAUCCAGUGGACUGAGAAGGAGGUUGAUGACCGCCUGAAGGCCAUCAUGAAGGACGCCUUUGUCGCUGGUCUUGAGACUGCUCAGAAGUACGUCGAGGCCAAGGAGGGUGAGCUUCCCAGCUUGAUUGCUGGUAGCAACAUCGCCGGCUUCAUCAAGGUCGCCGAGGCCAUGCACGACCAGGGUGAUUGGUUCUAAAUGGACAUUUAAGGAAGCCUGGAGCGAGAUAAGAGAUCGAUCAGGAAGACCGCAAUACCCGAGCUGGGCUCACACCAAGGCUACCUGUUCUUCUCAUCACGAUUAUCUUGCCCAAUGUCGACCUAUUUCUGCAAAGAACGGAGUUUUAUUCUUGGCUACUAUCAGGGCAUGCAUACUGUUGGGCGUUGGCGGGGUUUCAAGAAGGGGAUGACUUUUGUUUUUCUUCACGAUAGACGUGGGCCUGGAUCUUAUAUAGUUUUUUUUUUCCACCUAUUUCCUUUACCUUUUCUCCUUUUUAGCCCGGUAGAACGAAGAAUGAAACACAACACUUUUGAUUCAAAGUAAAUGAGAGCGCUCUGACAUAUGUUCUUGGUUAACUUAAUUAUAUCUACCUUACAUGAGAAGACGCUUGAUUCUUUCAAAUGGUUCAAACUUUGGCCAUUGUCAAAUCACUUGGUAUCAUUGUUCUGCCUCGCUGUUCAAGACUGGGGAAGACUUAAGCUACCUCACUCGAUGAUAUAGUUUCAAGGGCCCAAUCCGGCGAAGAGGUGAU